CAUGCCCACACCGGAAGCUGCGGCUCCCGCAGCGGAAGAGGCGCGACCCGGUUUUCGACUCGCUAUGUCCACGAACAAUAUGUCGGACCCUCGCAGGCCCAACAAAGUGCUGAGGUACAAGCCCCCGCCAAGCGAGUGUAACCCAGCCUUGGACGACCCGACGCCGGACUACAUGAACCUGCUGGGAAUGAUCUUCAGCAUGUGUGGGCUCAUGCUUAAGCUGAAGUGGUGUGCUUGGGUUGCUGUCUACUGCUCCUUCAUCAGCUUUGCCAACUCCAGGAGCUCGGAGGACACCAAACAGAUGAUGAGUAGCUUCAUGCUGUCCAUCUCUGCCGUGGUGAUGUCCUAUUUGCAGAAUCCACAGCCCAUGACGCCCCCCUGGUGAUGUCAGCCUGAAGGUGUGGGAUACUAAGCCCCUUUGUGCACCUCCUCUUUGGCCUGGCCUUUGGCUGCUCAACCUUCUACCCUCAGCUUCAGGGCUAGAAUUGCCCGAAUGGCCUCAGGGCCGUGGGGACAUCAGGACCCUCAGUUGAUGGAAGGAACUAGGCCCUUUCACUGGGGUCCCACUUCUGCUGGCGCAUAGAGGGAAAAACCUUAGGCUUUCCUACCCUGCCUGCUGCUGGGGAAGAUGCUGGUCAUGUUUCUAGGUGUAUCCACUUGUUUUCUUGUGGAAACCAACUGAUAAUAAAUUUUUGCAUUUUGACUUCC